UCUUGAAAUUGGCUUUGCCGUAACCACAUUUCUUUGACUUAUAAGACUAUGAUUUAGUCACAUUUUUUCAAUCGUCUUGGAGUGAAUGUGCAAAAUGGUGUCUUUAAAGUAUAUCUUGCUAUUCCUGUGUUUGUACUAUUUCCUGGAUGAUGUUGCGGCUGUGACCUGUGAUGUAUCCCCCACGGAUGCCUCAUGUAUCGACUGUCGAGUGUAUCCCACCCAUAUAGAGUGUUUGCACAAACUUUUCGCACCAGUAACAACUGCAGCCCCGCUCACAACUUCAACCACCAGAAGAUCCCGAAUCGGCAGAAUACGCAACUUUUUCAGUAACUUCAUUACGCGUGUCAGAAUUGGAGCCACCGUGGUUGUGGUUGUAGUUGUGGUUGUGGUUGUAGUUGUAGUUGUGGUGCAUUCAGCGUUGGUGGUGUCGGUGGUGCAGUCGAUGCAAUUGGCAUCCGUGGGAUCAUCCGCGCAGGGAACUAUUUCAGGCGAUGUGGCAACGCCGUCGCGCACCAAGUGGCAACCCUGGUCGGGCCAGUGCGAAUAG